AUGCCGGAACCUCUUUUGCAGACACAAGAAUCACUGGGUGGUUUCGAUCAACAUGGAGUACGCUCGACAGAGGGCGCUGGUGCCUGUAUAGCUUGCCAAGCCUCCUCGGCAAGAUGCGUGGUCAUCGACGAACCGCCUUGCCGUAGGUGUACCCGACAGGGUCUCGAAUGCGUGUUUAACGAGUCAGCAACCUUGAAACCUCGUACGCGUACGCGCCAGAGGAAUCCCUUAAAAUGCAGGACAUGUGUUCUCCAACACUCCAAAUGUGAACUGGUCGAUGGACGACGACCCUGUAAGAUAUGCCUGGCGGGUGGCCGGGAAUGUGUGCCCCAAGGGCCUUGGGAGCCAAAGACCGCAGAAGCAUCAGUGCCCCAAGAGUCCGUGGAUGCUACAGAUACGACAGGAAAUGUCUCCCAAAAGACCAAUGGCCCUUCAGCUACAGCUACAGCUACACCUGCACCUUGUCUAAGCUGCCGAGCCCAAAAGGCCCAGUGUAAGAUCAUCGACCAGCCACCUUGCACAGAAUGCCGUCGGCAAAACCAUGAAUGCAGGUUUGAGGAGAAGCAGCCCCGUCAAGAAAGGGUCGCGCACACGAGAAACCUUAUGGGAUGCAUGCCAUGUAAAAUCGCACACAGUCGAUGUGAGAUGAUCGAUGGACGACCUCCUUGCACGAGAUGUCGCCGUAUCGGCCGAAGUUGUGUGCCCAAAACACAUGACGAGUCUGCAAAGACAUCCCGGCCUAAAAGGGCUGUGAACAAUCCUUCUAAACGAAAAGAUAUACCCCCAAGGACUACGGACGCAACGGCUACGGCUACAGCUACACCCGCAGCCCGUACGAGCUGCCAAGCCCCAAAGGCCCAGUGUGAGAUUGUCGACCAGCCACCUUACACAAAACGUCGUCGGGGAAAUCAUGAAUCUAUGUUUGAGAAGGAAGUCGACGUGCCAAAGAAGGGUGUGUCAUGCCUUCGGUGUUCCCCUUCUGAACGAUGCAUCAUGGGCAAUGGACCACCGUGCAACAGAUGCCAUGCAAAAAGACAAACAUGUGUGCUGCGAGACUUGGAAGGCGAUAACUUGGAAGGCGAUAUUCCGGCACAAAGCUCUCUGCCUGAAAGUACGACGGCGGACACAGCUGAGAUUUGUGUCGCAUGUCAAACUCGGCAAGCACGGUGUGAGGUCAUCAGUAAGCCACCUUGCACAGAGUGUCGCAAAAAGCACCGCAAAUGCUCCUUGCUUUCUCUGCCUUUGCCGUCACUGGAUCCAUUUCUUCUCAUCUCGGAGAUUUCCGACCUUACUUCUCUCCCCUCCAGCUCGAGGCUCUCUCGCCGGCAUAGCCGAAGGGACUCUAGCGACACUGAUACCAGCGACAUCGACUCGAGCCGGAGUAACUCUUUGUCCGUCAAAUGGGAAAUGUCGCAAAGCCCGAUGCUUUUGGAUCGACUUCAAGCUUUUGGACAUCAUGAGAACAUUGCUCCUAGCGGCCAUGCCAUAGACGGAGUGUCUGUUGCCACACAACCAACACUCGUUCCGCGCACGGAACUGGCAACCAUGCAGCCAAGUGCUUCGGAACCCGAGUCAUCUCAACAUGAUGAGAAUCGUGCUGCUAUCGACCACGGCGUAAGCGGACUGUCUGAUACAACGCGGCCAACACAAUUACCGUCCCCGGAGCCGGUAACCACGCAACCAACUGCUUUGGCACCCGACAUAUCUGAGACAAAUGAAAAUAUUGAUUCAAUCCUUAAUGCAGCGAGUGCAACACAACGAACACAAUAUUCGCGCAUGAAAUCACCGACUAUUCCAUCAGCCGCUUCAGGAUUUGAGCCAUUCCUAUCCACGAACCUCGGCUUGCAUGCCUCUGAAUUUGGCCAGACGAUAGUAUCCAGACUUUCUCGACCCAGUGAAGAAGUUCUCGAUCUCUGGUGGGAUAAUUGCAACUUCGUUCGGGAUGGUUGGUUGACCGCACAAGAAGCAGUAACUUAUCUGGAUUUGUUCUCUGAGUAUCUAGCUCCUUUCUCAUACAUAAUAUCCCAGGACUUACUCUCGCACAAAAACCACGACCAGCUACUAAAAGAAGAUCCGAUGUUGUGCUGCGCUCUCCUGGUGAUAUCGUCUCGAUUCUUUGUGCUUCCAGGUCCCGGAGGCUUAUCUCGAAGUCACUCUAUUCACGAUCACUUAUGGAAGCAUUACGAAGUAUUUAUCCAGCGUGCUUGGCGCGGUGAGGAUAAUUACUUUGCUGCAAAAUCCCGAGUUUUGGGAGCGAUCGAGAGUCUGAUGUUGAUAUCCGACUGGCAUCCCCGCUCGUUUCAAUUUCCGCAUAAUAAUGUGGAUUGGGGCAGAAUGACAAUGCAAGAAUGUGAUCGCCGUAAAGUCAAACAGAGAAAUCGUGAUCCUACAUCGAUACGGUGGCAAGAGGAUGUCUUUGACCCAAUGGCGCAGUCGACACGAAAGUCCUGGAGGCUGCUAGGCGUUGCUCUCAAUCUUGCUAAUGAGGCCCACAUCUUCUCCGAUGAGCCCCUUGUAUGUCUUGGCUUUGAUACUCGACAUGCUACCCGGUUUCACCGCACAAGAAAACUUCUUUAUAUUUACGUCGCCCAGGUGGCUAGUCGGCUAGGUUGUUCAAAUCUCCUCCCAGAAAACUUGAAUUUCAAUUCAACCUCUAGGCCACAGGACGACGAACCAAUGUGGCGAUGGCGGGACACUUGGAUAACCCUAUGGUUGGACUUGACGAAACUAGUGAAUUCGGCAUUUGUCUGUUUCUCUCCAUCAGGACCUGCUUUGAAACAGAUAUUCGCAGGUGACUACGACUUGCUCCAUCUUGACUGGUUCCCCUCUCUCGCUCAUUGGAACGUGGAAUUCAAGUCUCAGAUUCCAGGAAUGCCCAUUGACCUAGGCUACUUGCUUUCCAUUGAAUUCCACCAUCUCGAGGCAUGCAUAAGUGCUUUGGCCAUUCAAGCAGUUGUUGAACGAGCGACAACCCACAGCAACGGCCAAUCCGAAACACCCGACACACAUGGUCAAAGACCUUCUAUGCUUCCAGAUGACAGAGAACUCAUCGAUAUGACGGUUUCCGCCUGCUGUGAGGUCCUCAAUCUUGCCACUAUUAUGCAAGUAGGAGGAAGAUUGAGAUACACACCCCUUCGAACCCGUCUUAGCAUCAUUUCAGCAUCCAUUGUCCUCUUGAAGGCGAUCAGUCUUGGGGGCCACUUGCAUGAAGUCAAAGUCUCGCUGGGAACCUUGGAUCAGUGCAUUGCUGGGUUGCGAUCGUGCGGCGUUGAUGACUUGGAUUACUUGCCUCGGUAUGCCGAGCUCGUUGACAAACACCUGCCACGAUUCCGAGAACAGUUUACUUUGCUGCAAGGUCAGCCUGGUCAGGACCUUGUCGGCAAAGAGCCUUCUCGAGAUGAUUGGGUUGUGCGGCCUUUUGACCCCAGGAUUGGACCGUGCUCGUCGGAUAGAAAGGCAAUCCCGUUAGGAAUUAGCUCAACUUCUCUGGACUUUUUGCUGGAACUGCUGGAUUCGAGUGGGUAA